UUUUCUCCAUCUUUUCUUUUUCGUUGUUCAGUCAACCCGCGUGCUUGUUCUCCUCGUGAGCUAAGGCCGGAUUAAUUGUAUCGGCGACUUGCACUUUUUUAUAAAACCAUCCAAUAAUUAUUUAUAAAUAAAAUAAAUCUAAAGAUGUCGACCAAGGCUGAGCUCGCUUGCGUUUACUCCGCAUUAAUCCUUGCUGAUGAUGAUGUCGCCGUUACUGGUGAAAAAAUUCAAACAAUUUUGAAAGCCGCCAACGUUGAUGUUGAGCCUUACUGGCCAGGUCUUUUUGCCAAAGCCCUUGAAGGUAUUAACAUCAAGGACCUCAUCACCAACAUUGGAUCUGGUGUUGGAGCUGCACCAGCUGGUGUUCCAGCAGCCGCUGCUGCCACAGCUGAUGCUGCACCUGCGGCUAAGGAAGCCGAGAAAAAGAAGGACGAACCUGAAGAAGAGUCUGAUGAUGACAUGGGAUUCGGUCUCUUUGACUAAUUUCAAUUACCGAGGUUACAAUUAAUUGUCAUUACUUGUGUAUAUUGAAAUUAAAUCAUUAAAAAAUAAAACAAAAAUCAUUUUGUAAAGAAAA